AUGGAGCCGUGGGUGAUGCUGGACCCGCGGCAGAAGGCCCUGUACCGGGACGUGAUGCAGGAGAGCUACGAAACGCUGAUGUCCCUUGCACAGGGGUUGGUGAGUGAAAAAGCGGCAGAGGAAGGAGUGGCGGAGGAGAGCUACGAGCUCGAAGCGUGCUCAUCCCGCAGCCCGGAGAGGGAGAAGACCCUCGGCUCAAACAGGCGGAAAAUGAAGCGCCCGGAUAAAGCCGUGCCGCACGGCACUGCCAAGAUGCUCAAAGCCACGGCGGUCCCCAAACUGGACUGUGCCAAACCCCUACGUGGGGCGGCCAGCAAGGGACCGGCAAGGGAGCGGCCGUUCGGCUGCGCCGACUGCGUUAGCCAGCGCCCCCACCUCCUCCAGCAUCGCCGUACCCACACCAGCGACCGGCCGCACAAGUGCGGCGACUGCGGUAAGCGCUUUGCCGGAGCCACCGAGCUGGCGGCACACGGCCGGGGCCAUGCCGCCGAGAAACCCCACAAGUGUGGUGACUGCGGCAAGGGCUUCGUUUGGGCAUCUCACCUCGCCCGGCAUCAGCGGGUGCACACCGGCGAGAAGCCUUACCGCUGUGCCGAGUGUGGCGAAGCCUUCAGCCAAGGCUCGCACCUCCCCACGCACCGUCGCAGCCACACCGGCUUGGUCGGGGCAUCCCACCUGGAGCGGCAUCGGCGGGUACAUACAGGCGAACGUCCCUUUCCCUGCGGCAGCUGCGGCGAGCGCUUCGCCCAAAAAGCUCACCUCCUCCAGCACCGCAAAACCCACUCCCCCGACCGGCCCUACAAAUGUGGCGACUGCGGCAAGCGUUUUGGCGAGGCUCCCCCCUUCCUCGCCCAUCAGCAGGGCCACGCCGCUCAGAAGAGCUACACUUGCGGCGAAUGCGGCAAAGGCUUCGCCUGGGCGUCCCACCUUGAGCGGCAUCGCCGCGUCCACACCGGUGAGAAACCCUACGAGUGCCCCGAGUGUGGCGAAGCCUUCAGCCAGAGCUCUCACCUCACCAAACACCGCCGUAGCCACCUCCCCAAGGCCGCUUUCCCCCUCGCUCCCCAACCGCUGCCCCUUUCCAGGACCCACUUGGUGGGGGAGAAACCCCACGGUGCCGUGAAGCCACCCGGAGCCUGCAGCGGUGAGGAGCCCUGA